AUGAGCGUGCCUCGUUUGCGCGUCCCCGACCAGAACGACGAACAGUCAUCCGCAAAACAUUUUCCUGCAGAUGACUGUCCAGCGAAGUCGUCAAGUGUAAGGACUACGGCUGCUAACGGACAAAGUACAGCUCAAUCAAUCAAUGUGAGUGCGCGCUUUUUGCCUUAUGAUGAUAUUUGCGGAAUCGGACCAACACUUCAUAGCAGCCCGACGGAGGAGAACGAGAUGAACUGGUCUCACGAGCACGGCGCCAAUAGGUUCCUAUCGGAUAGGGAAACGCAUGGAACGCGCCGCCUUUGCUUCACAGGCGGCAGCAGUGGCGGUGGUACGCUCAGCGAGUCCCAAGAGACGACGGCGUCGGAGUUUGUGAUGGAACUACGGGACGCCCUUAAGCAAACGAUGGCGGAAGGCAACUCACCGACGGACUUGGAGGUUGACGGGAGUGCGGGCCCUGCCAUUUGGAUGCGCUUGUUUGAGAGGUGGCCCCUGGAGUUGGCCGCCUCGGGGUAUGCGGAGUGGUGGUUGCGACACCCCAAGUGCGGUGAGGACGCUUCCCAGCUGUUCCAAAUGUUCAUCGAUGGAAUUGCGAGAGAGGAGUGCCGGCGUAACCCCCUUGACGGGGAAAAGGAUGGAGAGGAACUGCGUGACGGUGUUCUUCAAGGUGCGCUUGUUAUGCUUCAAGCUCUCUACGCUGACCCACCGCAGUCGCUUAGGGCGGCCUUCGGGACACCACUGUACCACCAACAGUUGUUCUUCCGUACCUGUCGCCUUGGUGCUCUCGGGGAUGGACGGGAGUUGGCCCUCUGUCUUUCUCUUGCCGCUGCCAUUGCGCAACGCAUCGCAGGGAACAAACUGGCGAUGCGCCACGACUUGAGCCGCUUCAUUGGGAGAGUGCGCCGCAACUGGCAGGCUCUGCGGGAGAAGUGGUCAGACGAGGAAAAACUCGUCUUAGAGGUUGGAAAGGUGGAGGCUCUUCUUGCAUUUGCCCUCGACUGA